CUUCCCCUCCUCCGCUGCUCCCGCGCCGCCUCGCGUCUCCCGCCCGCUGCAGCCGGCGAGGAGAGCCGCACGUUGGCCCCGGCCCGAGGAGCUCCCGGGUUCCCGGGCGGGCACCGGAGUAAGGACCUGCGAGCGCAGCCCGAGGCGGGGCACAGCGGAAGGCGCGGCGGGCGCGGGGUCCCUGCGAGCGCAGUGCGAGGGGCGCCCAGGAGAGGUGGGACGCCGUCCCCGCCCCUUCACGGCGCUCGGCCCCCUCGGGCUCCGCGCGCGGCUACAACCCGGACUGGGCGCGCCUCCGGCAUCCCGCGUCUCUGCGCGCGUCCCACAUCUCGCAUCCGGCAUCCCAGCGGCCGGGCAUGUAGCAGCGGCAGCAAAGGCGGAAUAUGGGCGGGAACCACUCCCACAAGCCCCCCGUGUUUGACGAGAAUGAGGAAGUCAACUUUGACCAUUUUCAGAUUCUGCGGGCCAUUGGUAAAGGGAGUUUUGGAAAGGUAUGCAUCGUGCAGAAGCGAGACACUAAGAAAAUGUAUGCAAUGAAGUACAUGAACAAGCAGAAGUGCAUCGAGAGGGAUGAGGUUCGGAAUGUCUUCCGGGAGCUGCAGAUCAUGCAAGGGCUGGAGCACCCCUUCCUGGUCAAUCUGUGGUACUCCUUCCAGGACGAGGAGGACAUGUUUAUGGUGGUGGACCUGCUCCUGGGAGGCGACCUGCGCUACCAUCUGCAGCAGAAUGUGCAUUUCACAGAGGGGACUGUGAAACUCUACAUCUGUGAGCUGGCACUGGCCCUGGAGUAUCUUCAGAGGUACCACAUCAUCCACAGAGACAUCAAGCCAGACAAUAUCCUGCUGGAUGAACACGGACAUGUUCACAUUACAGACUUCAACAUAGCGACGGUAGUGAAAGGAGCAGAAAGGGCUUCCUCCAUGGCUGGCACCAAGCCCUACAUGGCUCCAGAAGUAUUCCAGGUGUACAUGGACGGAGGCCCGGGAUACUCGUACCCUGUCGACUGGUGGUCCCUGGGCGUCACAGCCUAUGAGCUGCUGCGGGGCUGGAGGCCAUACGAAAUCCACUCAGCCACGCCCAUCGAUGAAAUCCUCAACAUGUUCAAGGCGGAGCGUGUCCACUACUCCUCCACGUGGUGCAAGGGGAUGGUGGCCCUGCUGAGGAAGCUCCUGACCAAGGAUCCUGAGAGCCGCCUGUCCAGCCUUCGUGACAUACAGAGCGUGCCCUACUUGGCCGACAUGAACUGGGACGCGGUGUUCGAGAAGGCACUGAUGCCCGGCUUUGUGCCCAAUAAAGGGAGGUUGAAUUGCGAUCCCACAUUUGAGCUUGAAGAGAUGAUUCUAGAAUCCAAGCCACUUCACAAAAAGAAGAAGCGGUUGGCAAAGAACAGAUCCAGGGAUGGCACGAAGGACAGCUGCCCGCUGAAUGGACACCUGCAGCAGUGUUUGGAGACUGUCCGGAAGGAAUUCAUCAUAUUCAACAGAGAGAAGCUCAGGAGGCAGCAGGGACAGGGCAGCCAGCUCUUGGACACCGACAGCCGAGCUGGAGGCCAGGCCCAAAGCAAGCUCCAGGACGGGUGCAACAACAACCUCCUCACCCACACCUGCACCCGUGGCUGCAGCAGCUAAGCCCACACUUGUUGCUGCUCAACAGGACUGCACUCGUCUCUGCCCUGCCCACCCAGAGCCCCUCUUUGUGCCCUGAUGGUCCCUGUCUCACCCCUGAAAACAUGAGAUGCAGAAAAAGCCCUGGACUUGGAGCUGGGAAGCCUGGGUUCUGGUCCCAUCUCCAUGACUGACUCAGGUGUGACCUCAGACAAGUCACGCCCUCUCUGUGCCUCAGUUUUCUGCAUCUACUAAAGGGGUUAAACACUUCUGCCCCACUUCAAAUGACAAGAUUAUGGGGAGAACCCAAUUAGGUAGGAAACAUGAAAAACCUUUGAUAGUUAUAAAAUCAUUUUUACAUGCAAAAUAUAACCUUAAUAUUUGAAGUGACCCCAUUCCCCAAAGCAAUCAGACCGUCAUGACUUUGCAAUUUGGCACAUCCUAGCUUGUUAGAGGGCACUUUCGAAAAACACAGCCCUGACAGCAAAAUAAAGGUCUGAUAUGUUGGCCCCUUCUAUGGAAACAACACUGCCAAAUCCUGGAGCAAAACCUGAAGUGUCUUCAUGUGCAUUCUCUGGCAGGCCACAGUCCUUCUGAGCUUGUAAGGGUGCAGCAUGCAGACCAGCCUUGUCCCCAAGGUCUCAGCGCUGUGGUCUCACUCCUCCCCUCAUUUAAGAAGACUAUCCUUACCUUUUAAUUUCAGCAGUCCUCACCCCCACCGUAUCCCCAGUGCUGGGAUGGCACACAGGUGUCCAUUCAGAUGAGAGUCGGGUCGCUGAGCGUUGGUUACUCCUACGGAGUGUAAUCAGCACCCCAUCCAACUGGCCCGAAAGCCCAGACCUGCAGCAGAACUCUCCAACUCUAUCAAUCAGCUUUCAGGGUUUUCUCUCUUGGGAAGGGUGUAAAAUCAGCUUGUCAGUCAGCAUCUUCGUACAGAGAGUACCCAAUCGGUAUUGGUGGGGCGGCUCCCUAUUUAUACAUUAGGAAGCAUGGGUGCUUAGAAAGUUUAUUUCAGGAGGAAAAAUGGGUUCACACAAAAAGCAAACUACGUUCUGAUCGGCUCAGGGAGAAGCUUGCCUUUGAACUGGAAGAUGCUGGGAUGAGCAGGGAAAGCUUAGACUUGACUUUGGAGUCAGGUUUGUGUUCAGAAUCCAGCCCUGCUGGCUACUAACCGGGAGACCUUAGGCAAAGCAUGCAAUCGCUCUGAAUGGCAGUUUCCUCAUUUUUAAACAGGGACAAUAAAACUAACAUUGCAGGGGAGUUAUAGGGUUAAAUAAGAUCCUGUGUGUAACCCCAAGCAUUGGAUGACUCGUGGACUUUUUUGUCAGCAUAAUCAUCAUCAUUAUUUAGAUACUUUCUUCCUUCACUCACCCGGCAGGUCAGUUUUCUGUGCAAACAAGCCUCCUGUUUGUUUAGGAUUCUUCCAAAUGUUCUUCCUGGAGUCUUUGAUAUUUGUUACAUCCUGCUGAAGUUCGAUUGUGUUUGUAUUUUUUCAUCUGACUUCCAUUUUUCACUUUUUAUAUGAUUACUCAAUCCUUGGGGCUGUCCAUGUCAUCUCUUAGAUUUCUUAAAAGACAUUUUAAUGUAUGGUUAGGUUUCAUAUUUUUGUUUUUUUAAAAAGAAAUAAUAGUCAUUGUUUUCCUCCUUUGAACUGAGGCUAUUUCUGGAUUGUGUGCUCCUCGUCAGUUGACUUGUUUUGCACACUUUUCUUUACUUCAUGUUCCCAUGAACAACCGUCCUGCUACCCACCUUCCCCAGGAAAUAAGGGGCCUGCUCCUCUCCUCACUGUGACCCUGGAGGCUCUUAAAUUUUUUUUAUUGGGCUGAGUUCACGAAUUAGGGGCAGGAGCUGGAAGUCGCCCUAGGAACACCAGAUUUCCUGGUUCUGUUCAAGUUGGCAUUUCUUGUUUGGAAUAAACUAUUUCUUGGA